CUAUGCCAAGGAGCAGUGUGCAAUGAAAUGAUUGUAGAGUAUGAUUAAGUUCACUUCUUUUUUUAAAAUUAUAUUCUGUAUCCUCACCAUUGUUUUCGUCUUUGCACUUUACCAAAAUUGGAUAAAGAAUGCCACUCAGCACCUCGGCCAGCAACCAUCCUCUUACGCAAUGGAAAGCGGUGGUGAUGCACGCAGUGACAUUAUCCAGACUCUCAGUGCUAAAGUGAAGGAAGUGGUAAAUUAUUCUGCAUCCAUCAUGGGAGAGCUAGAUGCGGCUAAAGAUAAGAUUAAGUUCCUCGAACAGAAAAUUGAAACUAUGAACCAACGAAUCCCGAAAAAAUUUCCAACUGUUAAAUUCAAGAACUACAGGACAAAAAAGAGAAUUCUUGUAACUGGAGGUGCAGGGUUUGUUGGAUCUCACCUCGUUGACCGUCUCAUGCUGGCUGGUCAUGAAGUUAUUGUUGUCGACAAUUUUUUCACAGGCCGCAAACGAAAUGUUGAACAGUGGAUAGGCCAUGCCAAUUUUGAAUUGAUUCACCAAGACAUCGUGAAUCCGCUGUUCAUCGAAGUUGAUGAAAUUUACCAUCUUGCCUCCCCUGCCUCUCCGCCUCAUUACAUGUUCAAUCCAGUUAAAACAAUCAAGACCAAUACAAUCGGAACAAUUAAUAUGUUGGGUUUAGCGAAAAGAGGCACAGCAAGGAUACUGAUAGCAAGCACUUCAGAAAUUUAUGGAGAUCCUCAAAAACAUCCUCAAGAAGAAACAUACUGGGGCUAUGUGAAUCCAAUUGGGCCUCGAGCUUGUUAUGAUGAAGGAAAGCGAGUUUCUGAAACACUGAGUUAUGCAUAUGCUAAACAAGAGCAAGUAGAUGUUCGUGUUGCAAGAAUUUUUAACACCUAUGGUCCAAGAAUGCACAUGAAUGAUGGGCGCGUUGUUUCUAAUUUUAUUUUACAAGCUCUUCAAAACGAGACUCUGACUAUUUAUGGUCAUGGAAAUCAAACCCGAUCAUUUCAAUAUGUAAGUGAUUUAGUUGAUGGUCUCAUUGCCUUAAUGGAAGCCAACUACACCCAACCUGUCAAUUUGGGCAACCCAAAUGAACAUACGAUACAAGAAUUUGCUGAGAUAAUCAGACAUUUAGUCGGAAGUAAGAAUGACAUAAAACAAAUCAAAGCUGUGGAGGAUGAUCCUCAAAGGAGAAAGCCUGAUAUCACACGCGCUAAUAAAUAUCUUCACUGGAAACCUAAGGUCUCUUUAGAAGAUGGACUUCAAAAGACAAUUGCAUACUUCAGAGACGAGUUGAGAAUAUCUUUGAAAGGACAAUCUUUUUCAAACUCUGCGUGGAUUGACAAUGUAAAUGACAGGAUACCUCAUAGAUGAACUGACAUACCUUUGCGGAGAAAUCGAAUUAUUGUGAUGUAUGUUUUUGCACUAUACUUCCUAUUUUUAUUGAUUGUUUACCAAUUUACUGUUGUUAGUUUUUAUUUUGUAAUAAUUCUAAAUAAGUUUUUACAAUUUAUCGUUUCUGUUUGAAGUCCUCAAUGGACUACUAGACAGAGUGAAAAUUUCAAGACAUGUGUUCUAAUCAAAAUUUAUUAUAGAAAUUGUUAAAUUUGUUAGAGAUUUAAAAUAUUGACCCAUAAGUGUGCAAUUAGUAUCAUUUUUAACGGUAGAAUUAGUCGAUUCAAACUUUGUGCCGGAAAAAACAAUCCAGCUGUUUUGACAUAUCUGUCAGCACUUACUCUGCUUCACUUAAAUGAUGAGUAAUGAUGCAGGUGUCACUUUCAUUGCAUAAGAUUAAAACACUGCUAUGACCCAUGGAAGGAAGAUUUCAACCGUCAAGUGUUGCCCUUUUGUUGUGAAAUUGUACGUUUAAAUUUAGCUUUUUUGCACGUCAGUUUUGAAACAUUGCACAAGUUAGUUCACAAACACAGUUUGCUAAUUGUUUUCUAGUUGUACCCUUAAUUGAAAGAAAUUUGUUAUUCUUGCCCACCAGAACGUUACUACUUUUGAUAAAAUUUAGUUAUUUUGACCCUACUGCAGUCAAAACGAUUCUUAGUGAAGUAAAACAAUUUGAAACUUGGUUAAUGAAGGAUAGGGAUUAGAGAUAAGAAAGAUAAACACUUUAUAAGAGGGUAAGAAGUAGCGUGUGAUAUUUAUUUUAAGAUAACAUUUUUUCUCAUCUCUCCAAUUUGGCGCUUGAUUCCAUAAAUUGUGUCAUUUAUCAAGUAUGUCACUGAAUGUCAGAUUUUUUACUCCCUUCUGUCACCAACGUUGACAAGACAUUACAAAAAGCAGAAGAAAUUUCGCAUACCUAAUCGCUUACAUUUAUCCAGAAAAGCCAAACUCUCAGUCAGAUAUUCAGAAAAAGUCUUACUUUUCUGCCUUCCACCGUAUGUGUAGCUAAAGUUAGCACACUGAAAAAAGGUGUUGUCUUUAACACACACGGAAAUCAAUGAAGUAAAUUGAUGACCACCUUAAAUUUCCAUUCAUCAGCUUUAUUCGGAAAUAUUAAUAUGUCCGUUGUAUUUUUGGCGGUGUAAAACACCCAGGGAAAAAAAUUGAUCGAAACGGAAGACUGUCAGCGGCUGAAAUAAAAAUAUGACAACCUUUACUCUCCCUAAUGCACCAAAUUGUUCACUUUCCGUGGAAAAAGUUAGAAUGAAACCCUUAACACGAGUCAGUUUUUUCGAAUUUGAGUUUUAUUGGUUCCUUACCAAAAUUUAAGACAUAAAAAUUACAGGGUCUUGCAAAAGUUGCUUUCAAAGUUUUUUGUUUUUUUUUCUAGAAAAUAUGAAUUAUAAAAUGAAAAAUCUUUGUAGUACCUCGGAUUUAUUUUGACUUAGAUUUUCAAAAAUAAACUAUUAGACAGGGUGGAAUUUAAACUUCUUUAAGAUGUGAUUCCUCGUCAAAAUAUUAUGCAAAACAAGUUAGAUGCAUCAAAAAAUAAAAAAUGAGUCAAAAAUGAAAAAUUGAGGUCUAUAGAUUACAGUAGACUCCUUCAAUUCAAACCUCCCCUUGCCGAAAAAAAAAAUAAUAAUAUCAAUGUAGGUCAAUUUUCUCAUGGAAAACAAUCUUGUCAUUUAGCAAAUAAACAGCUUUUAAUUUUACACAUUUUUUUACCUUCUCUAAUUAAUUGAAAUUGUGGAUUUGUCAAGAAAAACUUAGCUUAUCGAGAGGAAAACUUAGUUUGUAAAUCAUGCUGAUAUUAAUUCAGUACCCGAUUUGAUUUGAGUAAACUCAGGGCUUUUUGUGUGUGAGGAGGUUGAAUUGAUAUCCAGAAAAAACACUAUUUUUUUUUAAAAUAUAAGUUGAAUUAGAACUUUUCUAUUAUACCCACCGUAUUAUACAGAAAAUUAGGAGCUAUUGUGAUGUUUGUAUUGUACCCUAUUUAGUGAUCUGUUGACAACCAUAAGGUCUCCUGUAAUGGUAUAGAAGCUGUGUGAAGAGGCAGACUAAAAUAAAUCGUUAUAUUUUCAUUUUGAUUCUCGAAAUUGAAAAUAAAACCAGAUAGAGCCACUUAAGCAACUUCAUAAGGAGAGUUGGCCACUUGUACUUUUUUAGCAUACAAAAAUUGUAUUCACUUUGAAAAGAACGACAAAACCUUGAAUUAACGAAGCAAGAGUUACAAGUCGUCAUGGGUGGAACUAUGGGGGCCAGGGCCCCUCCCCGCCUACAUAAUUUUGCUAAUUGAAAGUGGCUUAAAAUCGCUCUCGAAACAUUCCAAUUUCCAAAAAUUUUCCUAGGGUCGAAUUAGGUAAAAGUGACUUCGGCAUUGUAGAAAGUGCCGAGAGAGGGCAAAACGUGUGGAAGUAUGUCUGCAUUCAACUGACUAUGACCAGUGCUUUUUUUCUGGUUGUAGUCUGUGAGAUGGGUGGAUUUGGUUGAUUUUUUUGAAAUCAGGUGCAUAUUCUUGGUAAAUGGGGUGGCCAUUGAACCUAUGACUUAUAGUUGGAGAUGCUGAGAUUAUAAUGCAUAUCGUUCCAAGAGGUGAUCAUAGACCUAUAGCGACCUAUAUGUUAGAGCGCCAUGAAGCCCAAUUUUAUACGGUCAAUCAAAAAAGGGUAUCCAAGUGGUCAUAGCUCUCCAUGAGUGUGCUGCAGCAACUCGUAAAAAAGUGACAAUGUCUAACUAUAAUCUGAUCUUAAAACUUCUCUCAUAAUCAUUCAUUCACUGUGUAAUAAACCUUGUUUUUGUAAAUGUUUCUUACUGCUGUCCUAAAAUCUUUACUCUGAAUUUUAAAAUUUCAAGCAGCUUUUUGAAAAAUCUGAUACAAUUAUAUUUUACAUUCAUUUUA